GAACCAAUAACUUGUUCGUAAGGACAAUAGUGUGCUCCAAACCCGUAGAAGUGUAUGCCAAUAAAUGCCAAAUCUAGCGGAAUAAGUGGAAAAAUGAAACGUGAUUUUGAUUUAUAAAAACAAGAUGAAAGAUAGAAAACGAGGACAUGAUAUUUUCAAUUAAUGCAUACACUCAAUAUAAUUUUCGCUAAAUAUUUUUUUUUGAAAAAUUUUCACUAAAUAUUUAUUUUACCUUUAUUUUGAUUCUUGUAAAAGUUGUUUGCUCCUCCUACUUUUAUUUCAGUUCUUUCCUCAUUUAACUUAUUUCUUCACUUGGUUCAAACUCAUGAAUAUUUUCUCAAAAGUCUAUUUAUUUUUCUUUAUAUACCGAGACGAUUCUAAUUACUCUUAUGGUUAUUUUAUUUUUGUUUUCAUUGUAUAAAAAAUUUAUUAAACCAUAUAAUUGUUAGAGUAUAAGAAGCUCAAACAAAGUAGUACUUUAAGAAACAAUUUCUUAAGUUUUUAGUUAAAAGUUAAGAAACAGUUUAUUAUAUUACUCUAAGAAUCCCGCCCUAAAAAAUCCUGGAUAAUGAUGUUCUUGUUUUGUUAUGUUCAAAUCUUAGAAUUUCUUAAUUUACAUAAAUUUGCCUUCCAUAAUUGUUCAAGUUCCAUAUAAGUACUUAUAUUCAUUCAUUUUUAACUAUAAAUAAUCACUCAAAAUUAUUUUAAUUUUUUUUUAAAAGAAAUCUUUAUCUUCUAAUGAACGGAGAUUUUGAAAUGAUUUGAAUAGUUUUUGCAAAAGAUGAAUACACAUCAGUACAGGACUUUAAAGCAUUUUACAAGGGAGGAUUUGGUAAGAAACCAAAACUCCUACCAAAUCAUUGAACCAAUACCUUAGAUCAUUCAUUAUAAAUAGAAAAUGUACAUAGACGCUAGUAGAUACUGAAACUGAGCGUUAAAAGGCAACAUCAGCAUUAGUUAAGCUAGCUCCAAUUUUCUCUCUUCUUUCUUUUUCUUGAUUACAAAACUAACCACACCUUCCUUCUCACUAUUACAACACUAAUGCUGAUUCCCCAUUAAAUCCCCAUUAAAAAUAUAAAAUCCCUGAUUCCCCAUCAAUUAUAAAUACAAAUCCCCUCAACGAGUGAUCUUCUAACCAUACACCAUCUCUAUUUUUCCAGCCGCCUUUUAAGCACUCUCUCAAGGAACAUGUCUCCGAACGUUCUCCGGUGGUUUAGCCUCGUCGCUCUUCUCUGGCUUCAAUCUAUCAACGGCACCAACUUGAGCUUCCCUGCUUACUCUUCACAGCUCAAAGAGUUUCUCUCGAUCUCUCAGUUCAAACUCAACUACCUCUCUUUCGCCUCCGACGCCGGAAAAGUCCUGGGAUUCAUCUCCGGUAUCGCCGCCGUUCACCUUCCUCUCCCCCUGGUCCUUCUCGCCGGAGGCUCUUUAGGUUUCGCCGGCUACGGUCUUCAGUAUCUCUCCAUAGUCAAAAAAAUGUUCACGUUAUCGUUUUAUCAGAUAUGGGGGCUGAGCUUCUUGGCCGGAAACAGUAUCUGCUGGAUCAACACGGCUUGUUACAUCGUCGCGAUAAAAAGCUUUCCGGUGAACCGUCAAGUCGCCGUGGGGAUCACGGCAAGUUAUCAAGGUUUGAGCGGGAAAAUAUACACCGACAUAGUCCACGCGUUCUUCUACUCGUCUCAACGCGAAGCCGCUUCAGGUUAUCUUUUGCUCAACUCUCUAGUUCCUUUGGUCGGUUGUGUCGUGACGGCUCCUAUGUUGAUGAGAGAAGCGAAAGCUACGUCGUAUUCCACUCGGGAUGUUAAAGUGGGUUUUAUCUUUCUCUUCGCUGUGACUAUAGCCACGGGGAUUUACGCGGUGGCUACGAGUCUUCUCCCUGCUCCCGCGGUUUUAGUACUCGUAGGCAUUGUUUUGUUUCUUCUUGCUCCUUUGGCUAUUCCUUUUGGAGUUAGGCUCGAAGAGGUUAUGACUUGUAGGAGAAGUCAGCAAAAGGUGUACGACUUUGAAUCUCCUUUUGAAGAAGAUGAAAAGAAAGAGGAAGAGGAGUUUGAUGAUGAGAAGGCGAUAGUUGGGGUUAAAGAAGAGGUCGAGUGGACAAAACUAUGGAUGAAACUCGAUUUUUGGACAUAUUUUGGACUUUAUUUGUUUGGUCCAACGGUCGGGCUAGUGUUUAUGAACAAUCUCGGUCAGAUCGCUGAGUCUCGUGGCUGCGCCGCGACCAGUUCAUUGGUGGCUCUCUCGUCCUCGUUCGGGUUUUUCGGCCGCUUGCUUCCUUCGUUACUCGACUACUUCCUCUCUAGGAACAAAUACAUGCCAUCAUGCCCGGUUUCUAUGGCGGUCUCACUGGUAGCGAUGGUUGCUUCGUUUUUACUCCUCCUCGUUGACUCUGACGUCGCUCUUUACAUCAGCACGGCGAUGAUCGGUGUUUUCUCCGGAGCAUUGACUUCUCUCUCCGUCACAAUGACUGCAGAGCUUUUUGGGACACAACACUUUGGAGUUAACCACAACAUUGUUGUCGGAAGCAUUCCUAUUGGUUCUUUCGCUUUUGGUUUAUUUGCCGCUAAAGUUUACCGCGAUGGAGCUUCCUUCGACGGACGUUUUGACGGAAAGUGUUACGGGAUGUAUUGCUUUCAAACCACUUUGAUCUUUUGGGCAAUGCUCAGUUCUGUGGCCGCCGUUCUUGCUGCCGUUUUAUAUCUACGGAAUCGCAAGUUCUACUCUCAGAAGCCAUGAAGAGAAACACAACAAAUGCACGCAAGCUCUCACUUCAUCUAACGAAUCAAUUUUUUGGUUCCAAAACGAAAUUUUUGUGUGUACAGUUAUGCGUUUUGUGUUACACCAACGGUGGGAAAGUAAAUUUUUUGUAUAGUAACGUGCAGUAAGAAAUAGAUAGAGAUAUAUUACACAAUGAUGUAAAGAUCAAAGUUUUAUUAAAGAUCCACUUUUUUUAU